UGAUGUACAAGAAAAUGAAUUAUCUUUGGUUUAUUGAUGUACAAGAAACAAAGCACAAAAUACUCCUCUAAAUGAUUACGUAAAACAAUUCAGAGGAAAAUCCGGUGAAGCAAAGAAUUCCAGACGAUCUUCAUCUUCAUCUUCAUCUUCCUGAACGGGUUUUGAAUUUGCGAUCGAUUAUUGAGGAUGAGUUCACAGAAGAAGAAGAAUUUUCAGAUUGAGGCGUUUAAGCAUCGUGUGGUGGUGGAUCCCAAGUAUGCUGAUCGGACUUGGAAGAUAUUGGAGCAUGCGAUUCACGAGAUUUAUAAUCAUAAUGCUAGUGGACUGAGUUUCGAGGAGCUUUACAGGAACGCAUACAAUAUGGUACUGCACAAAUUCGGAGAAAAGUUAUACUCUGGACUCGUAUCAACUAUGACUUUACAUUUAAAACAAAUAGCAGCAUCCGUUGAAGCAUCUCAGGGAUCCUUGUUUCUCGAAGAGUUAAACAGGAAUUGGGCAGAACAUACCAAAGCAUUACAAAUGAUACGCGACAUAUUAAUGUACAUGGAUAGAACAUUUAUUCCUAGUACACGCAAAACUCCCGUUCACGAACUCGGUCUUAACUUAUGGAGGGAUAACAUUAUUCGUGCAUCUAAUAUCCAAACAAGGCUAAAAGAGACACUCUUGGAAACUGUGCAGAAAGAAAGAAACGGUGAAGUUAUUAACCGAAGCUUAAUGAGAAACAUUGUUAAAAUGUUAAUGGAUCUUGGUCCGUCUGUCUACCAACAAGACUUUGAGAAACCGUUUCUUGAUGUCUCGGGUAACUUUUACCGAGGUGAAUCUCAGCAGUUCAUUGAAUGUUGUGAUUGCGGGAAUUAUUUGAAAAAAGCCGAGAAGCGUUUGAAUGAGGAAAUUGAACGGGUGUCGAACUAUUUGGAUGCGCAAAGUGAAGUGAAGAUAACAAAUGUUGUUGAAAAGGAGAUGAUUGAAAGUCAAAUGACCCGAUUAGUUCACAUGGAAAAUUCCGGUUUGGUUAAUAUGAUUGUUGAUGAUAAGUAUGAUGAUUUGGGUAGGAUUUACAAUUUGUUUCGUAGGGUUCCGAACGGAUUGAUGUUAAUACGGGAUGUGAUGAAUUCUCACAUUCGCGAAACAGGUAAGCAACUGGUGACCGAUCCCGAAAGGGUUAAAGAUCCUGUGGAAUUUGUACAACGUUUACUCGAUGAAAAAGCUAAACAUGAUAAAAUCGUUAAUCUUGCAUUCAACAGUGAUAAGACGUUUCAAAAUGCUUUGAAUUCCUCGUUUGAGUAUUUCAUUAAUUUGAACGUUCGGUCCCCGGAGUUCAUCUCGUUGUUUGUGGAUGACAAGCUUAGAAGGGGAUUAAAAGGUGCGAGUGAAGAAGAUGUUGAGAUUAUUCUAGAUAAGGUAAUGGUGCUUUUUCGUUAUCUACAAGAAAAAGACGUGUUCGAAAAAUAUUACAAACAACAUUUGGCGAAACGGCUUCUUUCGGGAAGAAGCGUAUCUGAAGAUGCAGAAAGAAGUUUGAUAUUGAAGCUAAAAACCGAAUGCGGCUAUCAGUUUACUUCAAAAUUGGAGGGAAUGUUCACCGAUAUGAAGACGUCUCACGACACAAUGCAAGGGUUUUAUGAAGCUAUGGGACGCGCGUUAGCGAAUGGACCGAUACUUUCCGUACAAGUUCUGACAACCGGCUCGUGGCCGACUCAAUCUAUACCCGCUUGCAACCUUCCACAUGAAAUACUUACUGUGUGUGAGAGAUUCAAAACGUACUACCUUGGGACCCACAACGGACGGAGGUUAACAUGGCAAACAAACAUGGGUUCUGCUGAUAUCAAAGCAACUUUUUCGGGAGGUAAAAAGCACGAGCUAAACGUUUCAACGUAUCAAAUGUGUGUUUUGAUGCUUUUCAACAACGUGGAUCAGUUGAGUUACAAAGAAAUCGAGCAGGCAGUCGAGAUACCAACCGUUGAACUGAAACGGUGCUUGCAAUCGUUAGCUUGUGCAAAGGGGAAGAAUGUUUUGAGGAAAGAACCAAUGAGCAAAGACGUAAGUGAAAACGACAGCUUCUUUUUUAACGAUAGUUUUUCUAGUAAACUCUACAAGGUGAAGAUUGGGACGGUGGUGGCACAGAAGGAAUCAGAACCCGAAAAGCAAGAAACAAGGCAGAGGGUAGAGGAAGACAGAAAGCCACAGAUCGAGGCGGCGAUCGUGAGAAUUAUGAAAGCAAGACGGGUGUUGGAUCAUAAUAAUAUUGUGGCGGAAGUUACAAAGCAACUGCAAUCGAGAUUCUUGGCGAACCCUAUUGUGAUAAAGAAACGAAUUGAGUCGCUUAUCGAGAGGGAGUUUUUAGAAAGGGAUAGGGAGGAUAGAAAGUUGUAUCGAUACUUGGCUUGAUGAGGAACCUAGGCAUGCAUGAUGGGGGUGAUAUGUGAUUUCGUUUUUUUUUAUCGAAUUGUUAGAAGGAAUGAUACAGUUUUAGUUUCGGUUUCGGUUUGAUGAUGCUUUGGUUGUUUUAUAUAUCAGAUUCAUAAUGUGCACAAACAAAGGGAUCAAAAAGUUUGUAGUCAUUUAUGAUCAUGUCUAUGACCCUUCAGGGUUGUGGAGGCUCUUACAAAAGAAACUUAAGUAAA